CAUACAGCGCUGUUUCUUUCUUGAAUUAGUGUUUGGAAGAGAAGAGCCCUACCAUGGCGGGCGGCAAAGGUCGAGGAAUGGCUGCCUUCAGCUUCCAUGUGGAGAACCUGGGCAUCACCAGGGCUAACAUGCCCGAUGCUAGAAGGGGGCCUGGACAGCUGUUUCCAGUGCUGGAGUUCAAACCUGUGGCAAUGGAUCUGAGCCCAAGUGAUGACUACAUGCUCUCCCUGAAACAGGAGAUGCGGGGCGCCAUGCGCCGCCUGCCCUGUUAUCUGACUCCCAACGCUGCCAAGUCUGAAGUGGAGCGUUAUAAGGAUAAGUACGCAAAGGAGAAAAUAAAAAUCAAGGAUGAGGAAUGGACACCGGACUGGAAUCGGCUUCCAAGAGAACUGAUGCCAAAAGCCAACUUGCCAACAAAAAAGAAGUCUGUGCUGAAGAAAAAACCUAAAACACUGACCAGCCAAGACAAGGAUAGCCUCCUAUCAAAAUUAAAUGAGCUGGAGAAGACGGAUGAUGUAAACGCUGAUGAGGAAAAGGAAGAGGCCGUGGGAGAAAAGAAGAAGAAAGGAGAGGAUGGCAAUGAGGAGGAGGAGGACAAGGAGGACAUUGAGGCAGAGGAGUUAGAUGAAGAGGAAUUGGAGGAGGAAAAUGAUUACAUAAACAGCUACUUUGAUAACGGAGAUGACUUUGGAGCAGGCAGUGAUGACAACAUGGAUGAAGCUACCUAUUAAGUUGUUUUUGUCAAAUAUUUAUGAUUGUAAAUAUGUGGUAUAAGUUUGAAUGAGUCAAGUGUGAAUUAGUUUUUUUUUUUUUUAAAUAAAUUAUUAUUAAAUGCUUCAUGGUAAAAAACGCAUGAAAGGGCAUCACUUGGAUUCGUCAUAAUUAAAAUAGUUAACUUUA